UUAAAACCUUGCAUUUACAUCUGAGGUCCAAUCAAAGUUUGAUUAAAAUGCGUUGGGUCUGAUUGAUUGACCAUCUCCUCAACCUCCUCAAAUGUGUGUUGAAUGUUGAAUGUUGAAUGUUGAUCAGAAUCUUAGAUUGGUGUGUUUUUGUGUUGACUUUAACCUCUCUUUCUGUCUCUGCAAAUUCAAAUAAAGAGCUUCUUUAUGUUUGAAAGCCACCUGGGAAGUGGGAAGUGGGAGUGGAAGAAGAUUCCAUGCAGAACCCAGAUCUUGAUCUUGACUCAGCGCCGAAAUCACAGAUACAUACACAGACGCAGACAACUAAAUCAAUGCUUUUGGCGGCGCCUCUCCAUAAAAAGGAAUCCCCUGCAUUUACCUACACCCCAUUAAUGGCCGUCCUUUUGCUUUGCUUUGUUUUGUGCAUCCCCUCUCUAGAAAACAGAGCCAAAUUCCUUCCCACUCUCUCCCCCAUUUUGUUCAAGGUAAUGUCAUCGAAAGUCCAACAUUAAAAAUCACAACAAAACCACUCUGUUUUCUGUAAAGCACUCCGUUGGAGCCUCUGUUUUUCAUUUUUCAUACAAUUUGACAACUUAGUCAACCAGGUAGGAGACAAGACAUCGAGUGGAUUUGAAUGUGUUUUGCUUACACGUGUGUCCAUAAUGUAAGCAUCCCUUUAAGUUUUAGAUUCCAUUCCCCCUUUUUACUUUACAUUACUUACUCUGCCUCUGCCUCUGCCACAGCCUCUGCAUGCCCCUUCUUCAUUUGCAUGCUUUUAUAGCACUGCCAUACCCACCAGAUUGAGGCUGAAAGCUUAUAGCUAAUACACAAAGAAACAGAGUGGACGGACAAGACUUGGACAGCCAUGAAAGGUGGUGCUUUCCGCAGCCCCCAUCGCCCUGCCCCCACAUUUUGCUUCUGCUUCUGCCUUGCAUGGCUUCUUGUCUUCGAAUUUGUUCAUUCCAGAGCUGUUGAGGAGGCGGAAGAUCAAAGUGGUGGCAUUGGAUCAGAAUGUUCCGAGGGCGACAUCGAGGUGUUUCAAGGCCAAACAGCUCCUCUUCCGGAUGGGAUUCCGGCGUACACAGUUGAGAUAUUAAACGCCUGUGCUUCAGGCUGCAGCAUCUCCAACAUUCACCUCAAAUGUGGGUGGUUCAGCUCCGCCCGAUUGGUCAAUCCCAGAGUUUUCCGGAGACUGCAGUACGACGACUGCCUUAUCAACGACGGCGACCCUCUGCCUCCUGCUCAAACUCUGUCUUUCCAAUAUGCCAACACUUUCCCUUACCCUCUCUCUCUCGCUUCUGCAACUUGUUCUAAUUAGCAACCCCAACCCCAACUAUAUGUUGUCGUCUCAUCAUUUUCUUUUCUAUCAAUUAUUCCAUCAUUUGCUUCACAUUUAAAUGAAUCCAUGGUAAAUUCUUCUCAUA